AUGUCCACCCCUCCCAUCCCUCCCGCUCUGCAAAAGAGCAUCGACAGCUCCGAGGUCGAGUACGUCAACCUGGGCACCUCGGGCCUGCGCGUCUCGGUCCCCAUCCUCGGGGCCAUGGGCCUGGGCACACCGGAGUGGCAGCCCUGGGUGCUGGCCGAGGAGGAGUCGAUCGCGGUGCUCAAGGCCGCCUGGGACCGGGGCAUCACCACCUGGGACACGGCCGACAUGUACUCCAACGGCAUCAGCGAGGAGGUUAUCGGCAAGGCCAUCCGCAGGCACAACAUCCCGCGCCACAAGCUCGUCCUGCUGACCAAGUGCUACGUCACCAUCGGCGAGGAGCCGGCCGUCAACGGGACGAUGUGGCGGGAGCAGAUGAGGGCGACCAAGGACUAUUCCAACAACGGAGGCCUCUCCCGCGCCUCCAUCAUGCACGCCGUCGACGCCUCCCUCGCCCGCCUCGGGACGACCUACAUCGACCUCUACCAGGUCCACCGCUUCGACUACGGCACGCCCGUCGAGGAGACGAUGGAGGCCCUCAACGACCUCGUGCGCGCCGGCAAGGUGCGCUACAUCGGCGCCUCGUCCAUGUGGGCCACGCAGUUCGCGCGCAUGCAGGCCGCCGCCGAGCGCCGCGGCUGGGCCCGCUUCGUCAGCAUGCAGAACGUGUACAACCUGCUGUACCGCGAGGAGGAGCGCGAGAUGAUCCGGUACUGCCGGGACACGGGCGUCGGGGUCAUACCCUGGGGCCCCAUGAGCGGCGGCCUGCUGGCGCGGCCGCUCGGCGGCGGCGGCGGCGGCUCGACGCGGGCCAAGACGGGCAGGGCGUACGUCAAGGACCUGUCCGAGGCGGACGCCGAGAUCGUGCGCAGGGUGGAGAAGGUCGCCAAGGACAAGGGAUGGGCGAUGAGCCAUGUCGCGCUGGCGUGGACGCGGGCCAAGGGCACGAUCCCUAUCGUCGGCUUCAACUCGGUGGAGCGGAUCCAGGACGCGGUGGCGAUGAAGGGCAAGGCGCUGACGGAGGAGGAGGUCAAGUUCCUCGAGGAGCCGUACGUGCCCAAGCAGGUCGUUGGACACUUCUAG